AUGGAUUCGUCAGCCUUGUGGCGGACGUCCACAAUCAUCGGAAGUAUCGUCUCCACAUUCGCCGUGCUCACAGUCAUCAUUGGGCUUCCACUUUUGCACAAUCAUGUUCAGAAGGUCACCACUUUUAUGUUGACUGAAGUCGAAUUGUGUAAGGUGAGCGGUGGCCACGAACUCGAAGAAAAAAAAACAAGCGUAAAAACUGAUCGUUUUCAGACCGAAUCCCAAGAUAUCUGGAAGCAAAUGAAGUUCACCCGUCUCGCUCCGAACCGUACGAAACGUCAAAGUCCAUAUGGAAACUACGGAGCGUCUCCGGCCGGAUCGUGCUGUGCUUGUACCCAAGGAGCCCCUGGACCACGAGGAGUGCCGGGAGACGACGGAGAGCCAGGAAGGGACGGAUUCCCGGGGAGAGACGGAGACAACGGAGUGAGCGGAAAGUACCUGCCGGCGCCGCCUCCGGGCACCAAUGCUUGCCAGAAGUGCCCGCCGGGAGCGCCUGGACCUCCAGGACUCCCGGGACUAAAGGGACCACGUGGACCAGCUGGAUUCGAGGGUAAACCUGGAAGAAUGGGAGAGGACAAUCGGCCAGGACCACCUGGACCGCCGGGAGUUCGUGGUGAGCCAGGAGCGCCGGGAGACAAGGGUCCGACUGGGGACAGAGGAAAAGUGCUGAAUGGAGCCCCGCCAGGACCGACUGGACCGCCUGGAAAGGUUGGACCACGUGGAUUGCCCGGAGGAAAGGGACACGACGGAAAACCCGGAUUGGGCGGACAGCCGGGAGUACGUGGAGCCGUCGGAACCAGAGGAGACGCCGGAAAUCCAGGACUGCCGGGACCGCAAGGACCGACAGGAGAGCCCGGAAACCCAGGAACUUGCCACCAUUGCCAGACCGCGGCACCGGGUCCAACGAAUGCUCCGGCUUCUGCUCCACAGCCAACACAGCAGUACACGCGUCCAGCCGAAGAAUCUUAUCCAUCCCCAGCUAAUCAGUACUUGUGGAUCCACUAA